GGCGCGGUGGCGCGGUCCGAGACAGAUCACUUCACGACGCGGUCGGAGAAGGUGUGCUCCAGAGACUCCAGACUUCAACAUGAGGAUCUCCAGGACGUGGCUGCUGCUGUUGGGGCUGGCGCUGGUCGCCACGGCGCGCGCUGAGGAGCAGAAGAAGGCCGAGAAGACGGUGGCCACCGAGGCGGCGGCCAUGAGCGGCGAGGAGGACAAGGAGACCCAGCACACCGCCGAGACCCGGCCGCUGCACGCGCAGGUCGCCGAGGACCGCGUCGACGACCGCGACAAACGCCAGCUGCCCGGCCAGCACCUGCAGCAGCAGCACCUCCAGCAACAGCACCUGCUCACGCGCCUGCCCAACCUGGGCGGCACGCCUCCGCAGGGCUUCCGCUCCGCCGUCCCCGUCCGCGAGCAGCCCGACGGCCUGGGCGGCCUGGGCAACUCGCUGUCCUCCACCGUGUCCCCCGUGCACCUGGUGCGCCAGUCCGCCCAGCCCGUGCCCGUGCAGGUCACCUACCGCGCCACUCCCGCCCCGCAGGUGAUCCAGGGCCUGCCGCAGGGCCUGAACCAGGUGUACCGCGGGCUGCCGUCCGCGCUGCCCAGCCCCACGCCGUCCGCCGCCCCCGUGCGCCGCCCGGCGCCGCAGCAGUCCUACACCCGCGCGCAGCCCACCCGCCAGCAGUACGCCGACCUGCAGCAAGUCUCUGAGGAGGCCACGUCCGAGGAGCUGGAGCCCGAAAAGGAGGAGCCCGACCGCCUGACCGAGCUGCUGCCGCACUCCAAGUUCGCGUGCCAGGGCCGCGGCACCGGCUACUACGCCGACGAGGGCCUGGGCUGCGAGGUGUUCCACUACUGCCAGGACGGCGCCCGCCACUCGUGGGUGUGCCCCGAGGGCUUCACCUUCCACCAGGUGCACCUCAUCUGCAUGCCCCCCAGCAGCGACAACAACUGCCAGAAGUCGUCGUCCUUCUUCUUCGUCAACGAGUACCUGUACCGGCCCGUCAACGAGGAGGAGGUGCAGCGCAAGCCCAACGUGACGCUCCGGUACUCCGACCGCUACUACCCCCAGAACUACUACUCCGACGGCGAGGAGGGCGUGCCCCAGCAGCAGCAGCUGCAGAGCCAGGUGGUGCCGCAGCGCGUGCCCCUGCAGCAGGGCCUUCCCCAGCAGCAGCAGCAGCAGGCGCCGCGCCGCGCGUCCCCCGCCCCCGUGCAGUACCAGCCCACCCCCAGGCCCAGCGCGCCCCUCCAGCCAGUGUACCGCCAGUCCAACCCCUCCAACCAGGUGUUCCACUCGCCGGAGGAGGUCAACAUCCCUCUGCAGCUGAGGAGACCCGUGGCGACGACGGCCCGGAACUUCCAGCCCACGGCCGCGUCGGACGAGUACGAGGACGACGAGCCCGUGUACCGGCAGGGCUAGUCCGAACCCAGCCAGCUGCAGCGCGGCCAGUGUGAACUUUUCGGUGCGCGCGUGGGCGGUGGCUGGGGGUUCGCGAAAGAGGCAGUCCCACCACGCCACCGCCCCGCCCGGGGCCAGGGGCCUCAGUGAUAAGUGCGUGCGUGCGAGUGCCUAGUGAGUUGUUGUGUGAGUGAGGCCCGGCAGAGCGCCGGCCCAAUUGAUUAAAUUAUUUCUUAGAUAUGUCGAUGACUGCUCAAUCGAGGGAGCGAAGCAGGCGGCUCUGUCUGCGCAGUGCUGCCGUGCCUUUAAAUUAUUUUUGCCAAGCUGGUACGUCGAGACGAGUUGUGGCAGUCACUUGUGGUCGAGAAACCACAUUCUGUGCCUAGUGUAAAUUUUGUCGCAGAGAUGUUUGUAAAUGAUUAUGAGACUGUGUAACGAUAAAUUUUAUUUUUGUACAGACCUCACCUCAUGGUCCCUGUUUAAUUUCAAUAAAAGAGCAGCCCAAAUCGAUGGCUGGGUAGCUGAUCGGA